GAGGAAAAGCAACGUUCGGCAUCUGAAUCAGAGUAUACAUUCACAAGAAGAAAGUGAAGGGGAGGCGUCUUGCUGUGAAGUCAGGAAAAUGGUUCAGUUAGGAGAAGCCCUCAGUUUAGGUGAUUCGGCUUUUUUAGAGAGUUAUGUUGGGGUAAUUCAAAGGCAUCUGGACCGUGAGAAGGAGGACUGGCAGAAGCAGCAAUAAGCUUCCUAUGCAGAGACCAAAAUGCAGGAUUAUUCUGACAGUCUUGUUUUGCGUUUAUGGAAUGCCCCAUCUGUUUCGUGGUUUGGAAAUAUAGCGGAAGGUAGGAAGUGGGGUUUAUUGUCUUUAUGGAACCAAUCUAAAUUUGAGGUAGCAAACAUUGAGUAUGGGCAUGGUUGGGUGGCUUUGUUCGGUGCUCAUAAAGCUAGUGGUUUUCGUUGUGUAGCUGUUGGGAUAUCUGCUCCUUGCUGCACCAGAGAGCGAAGACGGUUGUGGGGAGAGUUAUGUCCAUUGAAGCAUGCCUUUGAGGACCCCUGGUUCUUGAUAUGGAUGUGAACAUGAGCUCUCACUUGAGCAAAACGUUUUUGGUGGCAAAGUCUAAAAACUUCCCUUGCUAGAGAGAGAGAGAGAGAGAGAGAGAGAGAGAGAGAGAGAUUUAAUGUAUAGAUCGCAAAUAUCGCCCUAAUUCUCGUGAUCCAAGACUCUGCUCAUAUAUAUAUAGAAGUUGCAAAAAUGGGGGGUGGCGACAUUCAUAUUGAUCAUCAAGAAGAAGGGCUGAGGAGGAGAGGAUGUGGAUGCAGCUGCUCGAAGAACGAUUUCUUGCCGGAGGAAUCAUUCCAAAGCUUUGGAAAUUAUCUUCAAGCACUUAAAGAAACUCCCAUGAGGUUCAAAGACAGGCUCCUGACUCGAUCCAAGGACACGACGGAGAUCCAUGAGAUCAAGGCCAGAAGUGAGCAUGAGAUGAAGAAAACCCUAACUUGGUGGGAUCUCAUAUGGUUCGGCAUUGGUGCUGUCAUUGGUGCUGGCAUUUUCGUCCUCACCGGACUUGAGGCCAGAGAACAUGCUGGUCCUGCCGUCGUCUUGUCUUACGUUGUUUCCGGUGUUUCUGCCAUGCUUUCUGUUUUCUGCUACACCGAAUUUGCUGUGGAAAUCCCCGUUGCAGGUGGUUCUUUUGCUUAUUUGAGGGUAGAGCUAGGCGACUUCAUGGCCUUCAUUGCUGCUGGCAACAUCUUGCUUGAGUAUGUCAUUGGUGGUGCUGCUGUUUCUAGGGCAUGGACAUCCUACUUUGCCACUCUUUGUAACCACAAACCAGAUGAUUUCCGUAUCAUAGCCCAUAGCCUUCCUGAUGACUAUGGCCACCUUGAUCCCAUUGCUGUUCUUGUUGGUGUUGUGAUUUGUAUCCUUGCAGUCCUUAGUACCAAGGGCUCGUCACGCUUCAAUUAUGUUGCUUCCAUCAUCCAUGUUGUAGUGAUCCUCUUCAUCAUUGUUGCUGGUCUUGCCAAAGCAGACACAAAAAAUUACGCUGAUUUUGCUCCCAAUGGUGCCCAUGGUAUUUUCACGGCUUCAGCGGUGCUUUUCUUUGCCUAUGUUGGAUUUGAUGCUGUUUCGACCAUGGCAGAAGAAACCAAGAAUCCUGCUCGAGAUAUCCCGAUCGGUCUCGUUGGCUCAAUGGCAAUAACUACACUAGCAUAUUGUUUGCUAGCAGUAACUUUGUGCCUGAUGGUGCCAUACAAGAUGAUUGAUGUGGAUGCCCCAUUUUCAGUAGCAUUUGAGUCUGUAGGUUGGGGUUGGGCUAAGUACAUUGUUGCUGCUGGUGCAUUGAAAGGCAUGACAACUGUUUUGCUCGUUUCUGCUGUGGGGCAGGCGCGGUAUCUCACACAUAUUGCACGGACUCACAUGAUGCCACCAUGGUUAGCUCAUGUUAAUGCAAAGACUGGGACCCCGGUAAAUGCCACUGUUGUCAUGCUUGCUGCAACUGCUAUCAUUGCCUUUUUCACCAAGCUUGAUAUUCUAUCCAACCUUCUUUCCAUCUCCACACUGUUUAUCUUCAUGCUUGUGGCUGUGUCUCUUCUUGUGCGCCGCUACUAUGUUAGUGGUGUGACAACACCAGUAAAUCGCGUCAAGCUCAUUGUGUGCAUUGUGGCCAUUCUUGUUUCUUCAAUUGCAACAGCUCUUAUUUGGGGUACGUCCGAUCAAGCUAGUUGGAUUGGGUAUGUGAUCACCAUACCGAUAUGGUUCUUUGCUACUUUAGCACUCAAGAUUUCUGUCCCACAAGCAAGGGAUCCAAAACUAUGGGGUGUUCCGUUGGUGCCAUGGCUACCAUCUGCUUCAAUUCUCAUCAACAUGUUUCUUCUGGGAUCAAUAGACGUGCAAUCAUUUAAAAGAUUUGCUGUAUGGACUGGAAUUUUGUUGAUAUACUACUUGCUGUUUGGAUUACAUGCCUCCUAUGACACAGCAAAGGCAUCGGGAGAGAACAAGGAUGAGGGUGGUUUCAAGAAUGUUGAAGACGGCACUGUCUCUUCCCAGAAUGACGCCUUGUGAGGUUCAAUUAGAGUUAAAAUUUAGAAAUGUACUUUCCAAAAUCUGUCAGGUUAUUAAUCUCCUUACACAUGUAUGCUUCUGAUAGAGAAGCGAUGAACAUCAACAGGCUGCAAUAAGCAUUGUACUCAACAUUUGUGUCGGCAGGCAUCAGCCUCAUAGCUUUUUGUUCUAUUUGUCAGUUAAGAAAUGGAAAUAGAAGGCAAAGAAGAUGCCAUUAUCACA